CUCACUACAACAGCUGGGACAUCUAACGUCAGCUCUGAAACGCCGGGCCAUUGCAGCAGUGUUACUGCCCGGCGAGGGUCAAUGGAGCCGCCAGUUCCCCGGGUUUGCUCGCUGACUGUAGACCUCCCCAUCACCAUCUGACUUGCACGGUGCCGCUUCGAGCACACACACACACACCAGUCGCUGCCUCCAAGUGGCGGCGCGUUUGAAGCGGCGGACAGCAGUUUGCUGGGUUUGAGUCAACGCGGGGAAUGAGAGGAAACCUCGGACUCGUUAGUUUUUCACUUUGUAUUCACUGUGUGGACAUUACAAGCAGGAUAAUAUAGACCCACCGCCGAAACCAUCUCCAGUUCAGGUCAGGUCCAACGAUUGGUAACUUUGCCGGUGGACUGUGGACUGGGAGGGUUGUGGACGAGUUGGUGCCGCAGCGGGUAGGCUAUGAGAGAACGCAUUCGCUGUCGCCUCGCUGGGCACCCAUCACAUGUAGGGAGACUAUUUCAACAGCCGGGGAUGCUUCACAGAGCGAAGUACAGCCGCUUUAGGAACGAUUCUUUGUCAUCCUUGGAGGAACCUUCGACCAAUGCCGUCCUCAGGGGAAAGAGCCCGUCCUCUUCGCUGGCGCCCGGUUCAUCAGCUGAUGGGCUUCCACCCGAAGCGGAGGACAUUGCAAGCGGUCUGUCUACCUUUCUUCCCAAAAUGGCUCACCUGAAACUGUCCCACUCAGCGGCCGGGCUACUUGGCCUCAAGAGUUUUCCGCGGGGCACCAGAGAAACGCCGAGGAGAAAAGUGACCAACUCUCUCCGGACUCGGGGUCUCUCCUCUCCCUCGGCUCUUGAUCUAACCCGCUGCCUUUCUCCACCCUCGCAGCCCGAGCCGCAGAAGGUGCCCGCGGGUACGAUGCAGCCGGCCAGCGGCGAGUGGGUCAGCAGCGUCCAUCCGGCAGAGCGGCCGGUCAAAGCACCGGCGCAAACACGGGAUGAUGAUCUCAACUCGGGCACACUUUACACUGUGAGAUAUAUGGGUUGUGUGGAGGUCCUGCGGUCCAUGAGGACACUUGAUUUCGGUACAAGAACCCAAGUAACAAGGGAAGCCAUAAGCAGAGUGUGUGAGGCUGUUCCAAGCACUAAAGCAGCCAUGAGGAAAAGAAGGCCUCCCAGCAAAGAAUUAUCUACUGUCCUCGGAAAGAGUAACCUCCAGUUUGCAGGAAUGCAGACUGUUAUGUCCAUCUCAACGAGCAGCCUCAGCUUAAUGAUCCCAGACUCCAAACAGUUGAUCGCCAAGCACCACAUGCAGUCGGUAUCUUUUGCCUCUGGAGGAGAUCCAGACACAAGCAAUUAUGUUGCUUAUGUAGCCAAAGACCCAGUGAAUCAAAGAGCAUGUCAUAUUUUGGAGUGUUUUGAUGAUUUGGCCCAAUGUGUUAUUAACAGCAUAGGACAAGCAUUUGAACUUCGCUUUAAACAAUACCUGAAGAACCCACAGGCAGCCAUUAAACCUAAUGAUGAGAGCAGAACAGUAGGCUUGGCCUUAUGGAAAGUGGCGAAUGAAGAUCCGAACCAUGGAUACUGCAAUGAAAUCCCAGGUAAACUGGCCUCUCCUGCAAGACUGCAGAAUGCAAGAGUAAAUGAAGAUUCGGUGAUCCAGACCAAUAGUAAUCAAAUGAUUAAGGAUGGAAACAUUUCACAGACUGCUAACCCAUCACCAGUCAUCAUUUAUGAAAAUUAUUCCAAUCCACACAAAGAAACGUUCACUGUGCCAGGCAAAGCCAUCAGCCCAUCUGAUCUUUUUGACGAUCCAUCUUACAUGAACACUCAGAAUCCCCACCCUUCCACCAUGAUGGGAGUGUCUGGACAGGUAUCUGCUAAUAUUCACAGAGAUGGGUGUAAUAGAAUUGCACAGAACAGGGCAGCAGCCAAAAGUUCAAAUGUGGUCCCCAUGCCUGCUACUCACUCUUCCAUGAGAGAGCUGCUCAUGAAGGAAAUCUGGUAUUGCGGAAGGAUGAGCAGACAGGAAGCUGAAAGGUUGCUGAUAAAUGAUGGUGACUUUCUGGUGCGGGAAAGCAUGACAACACCAGAACAGUAUGUACUGACUGGACUGCAGGGAGGACAAGCCAAGCACUUACUCCUGGUGGACCCUGAAGGCAUGGUGAGAACAAAGGACCGUUUAUUUGACAGUGUCAGCCAUCUGAUCAGCUACCACGUGGAUAACCAGCUGCCAAUUAUCUCAUCGGGAAAUGAACUGUACCUUAAAAAAAAUGUCUAGGAGAACAAACUUCAAAUUAAGAGACUUUGCUUUCAGUUUUAGCCAUUGCGCCUGUUGGAAUGUAAAAAAGCUAAUCUGUGUCAAAGGAAAAACGUUCACUAUCUGUGCAGUUUCUUUCAAGAAAUAAAAAUUUCAGACUGCAAUUGUCUUGAUCAUUUUGCACUUCUGACUUAAGUAUUUGUUAGAAGUGGAUAGAUAAUUGCUUUACUGUCAUUGUACACAAUAGAUAAUAUUUUAGAGAUAUAAAUCGUGAAAUAAUGAAGUGUAACCUAUACAAUGUGUGAAUGUUUAAUUGUUUAUUUCUAAGCACACUGGCUUCAAAAACAAGCAUAAGCCAAUCCUAACGAACUGUAGACCACGAAAACGUGCCUUGAUUCUAUAGAUAUAAUACUGCAUAUGUACAUGUUUUUUUACAAAAAAAAUCCCCAAAUGAUUUUGCUACACAUAGGUUCAGUGUCUUGAAACAGAAUUUUAUCCAAAAACCCUUAGGAAAUGGAAUGGAAUUUGGUAUUGCUUUUCUGUACCAAUACCGUUUGAAUUUCAAGUACCAAUUCUAUUACAGCUUUAAAAAGCACUUUACUAACUUGGGGCUUUACUAUUUUCUGUUCUCUAAUGUUAGAAGAUUUAUCACGUGUGAAUGUGUAUAUUUAUGCAUCUUAAGUCAAAGUUGAGUAUUUCUAAUGGAACAAUUUUACACUUUCAAAUUACAUGAUAUACUAACAAAUUGAAGCUGAUAGAAAAAUAUCUUUAAGAACUGUACAAAGUUAUACAUCCUUUUGUAAAUGAUAAAAUAUAUAUCUUAGAUAAUUUUGGAAGUGGCUUGUUAUAAAUGCAUCUCCUCACUAUAUAUCAUUAAGAAUAAUUAAUAGUAAAUUAGAAUUCCAGGAGAAUAAUAUUUUUAAAUAUUUUUGGCCGGUUUCAACACUGGAGUACAAUAUAAAUUUGACUCUUUUUCAUCCUUUUAUCAAAGCAUGGUACGAUUGUGAAAUUUCUAUUAUUGCUUUUUUCCCAUGACUGGCACAGUUCAGCGUUGUGCCAAACUUUACAGAAUGAAUACAAGGUAUUUCCAUUGCAUGAUAAGUCCAUCCACACCCAAGUGUUUACUGCAAUUAAUAAAGUAUUUUUAAAUUCUGAAAAAUAUAAAUGUUGCAUGAUUAUGAAUGCAAUGUGUCAUUUGUAAAUAUUACAACAGUGCAGCCCUGCUAUGCACCUUUGUGAAAAAUAAAAGAUUAUUUUAUUCAUUGCUA